CAAAACUUUCUACAUAAAGUUAUCUAUACAUAUACAACAAUUACGAUACUACUUCCUAAAUCAUCAAAAGAAAGGACAUAAUUAAAAACAAUAUAAAUAGUUCUGUGUUUCGACUUUCAACAAAUUUGGAAAUGCACGAGGCUGACUUGUAGAUUCUUUGAAUAAUAUUUUGAGGAAAGUCGUUCACAAUGAAAUUUGGAUAUAUCAUUCUAGUCGUCGUUUUGAUAUCAACAGUAUUAUGUUUGGUGGAUUGUAAAAAGAGGCAUGGCAAAGAACACCGCCAUAAAGGGCAUAAAGGUAAACAUGGUAAAGGCAAAGGGAAGGGAAGAUCUAAAGGCAGAUAUGACAGUCGUGGCAUGGGAAAGGGGAGAUCUGCAAGCAGUCGAACCAGACAACAUGAACCUGAUAUCACGAACAGCCAGAGCUCAUGGGGUGGUUUUAGUGAUGAGAACCUAGAUAUCAACGUCGACCCGCCAAUAGAAGUGUUACGACACAUUGACAGCCUGGAUCCAGAUUUCACGGAGGAUUUACCGGUUGGAAGUGAGGGAGAUGUGAGAUUGGUUCCCACUUAUUACAAUUACGCUGGCUUGGGUCGUCUGGACGUAUAUAGGGACGGAAAGUGGGGAUUGGUGUCAAAUGAGAACUGGGGUACGAAGGAAAGUAACGUCGUCUGCAAGCAACUGGGAUAUAAUGGAUCCAGCUCCGGUCAUGUUCGACUUGCCAGUUGGUUCACUCUUCUCUUCCCGCCUUGGCAGUCUGUCCUUAGCAACGUGCGUUGUCUUGGCAACGAGAAUAGGUACCAAGACUGUCAAUAUACAACGGUAACUACACAGAGCCAGGUCAAAAAGGGAAAUGUUAAUCUACAAUGCGUUGAAAACAAAAGCCUUGGUUGCAAAAGAGGAUGGUAUCCCCGGUUUGGAAAAUGCUACUAUAUAUCUCAAAUGCGCCGCGAACCAUACAAUGUCGCGAAAGAGAUUUGUGAAGAAAAUGACGGUUACCUCGUGAAAAUAGGCAGCACUACAGAACAAAAGACAAUACUGAACAUACAUUCAAUGAGGGAUGGAAAUAGACGAAGUGUAAAAGGAACGUACUGUCAAAAACUGGAGAUACGAACAAAUGAUAGAACUGAUGGCCCGUAUAACAGUGAAUUCAUCCUUGACAGAUUUGCUACACAGAAAAACGACCGCCCAGUGUACGAACACACAAGCAAGAAGUAUGUGCUUUUCUAUAGUGACAACAACUAUUGGAUGAUUGGGAUCAACCUGACAUUACCCAAUGCCUACGCCUACACAAGGGAUAGAGGGCUCUUCCCAGAGAAGCUGGGGUACAAUUGGCAGGUUGUUAAAAAUGGAGUAUUUUUCCCCUCAAGAUUGAUAAUAACAUGUCUUCCAGAUGAGGAAAUCAAUGAGUUUUACAUUGACGGACGAAGGGAAUCUGAAUGCCGUGUGCUUAAGACCAAAAUUACGUCAAGAGAGGACUAUAUGUCAUACAAGACGGUUGAUUGCGAUGAACCCAAAGAAUUCAUAUGUGAGAGAGAUAUGAAGACUCCUGAAGAACCUCCCACCAAAAAGCCAGUGGAAGAAUGUUUAAGAGGUAAGGGACUGGGUUACAGUGGAACGCAAACCACUUCCGCAUCUGGCAAGCCCUGUCUUCCGUGGAGUGACAAUAGAAUAGUGAACCCAGAGCGAUUUCCAAACAAAGGUCUUGAUGGGCACAACUUCUGUCGGAACCCGGAUGAUGAUAUCUCUCCUUGGUGUUGGAUAUCAAGUUCAGCGUAUGAAUAUUGUAAUAUUUCUAAAUGUGACGAAGUGACAGGCACACACCACGACACCAAUAGUUGGGGAUCGUUCUGUACUCCUAAUGAUAAAAAUUCUAGAUGGGUGUAUAAGGACUGGAGGUGUGAUGGAGAAGUUGAUUGUGUUCGGGGAGAGGAUGAAAUGGGCUGCACCGAAAAAUACCUCAGAGAAUUCACACAAUUUCCUAACAAAACACUGGGCUACAUGUCUUUGCUGAAACAUCAUAACUUCUCAACUCCGAUGAAAACACUUCUGUGCGCAAGAAAGUGCGUUGAGAGAGAAGGGUUUGAGUUCGCCUGCAAAUCGUUCUUGCACGAUAAAACUACUGGGGCGUGUACUGUGAUGGGUGCCACUAUAUUUGAUGUUGGUAAACUCAUUGAUGGCGCGUUAUUCGACUACUUUGAAUUCUUUGACGAUGACAACAUUGAGGUGGAAGUAGAAUUUAAGAACGACAAGAUCGAGGUCCAUAUGUCAGGAGAGGAUGGGUUAAGAGGUAAUGUUUGUGGAGACGAUUGGACAAUUUACGAGGCUAACAUCUCGUGUAAACAAGCAGGAUACGAUUGGGCUACCGAUGCCCCAGUGUUUCCCGCACAGCAAUAUGAUGAUACAAUUCUAGCAGGGGUGGAUUGUGACGGGAGCGAGAUGAACCUUCAAGAAUGCCGCCAUAAGCCUUGGGGAGAACAAGAAUGCCUGAGCGAGACAGUGGCUGGUGCAAUUUGCUACAAAGCAACAGAAACCCCUGACACAACUGAGCCACCACGAAGAUCUACUGUUACCACCCGAAAAUCAACUGUUACCACCCGAAGAUCAACUGUUACCACCCCAAUACCUACUAAAACUACAACCCAACCGACAACAACAGAGAGGGCUGCUCCACUACAAUGUGGUAUACGACCAGCUAUAGCUGACAGGGCAGCAUUGAAAAGUAAAAGAGACAUAAAUUUAGCAGAUUUUGGUCAUGUAUUGAGAAUUGUGGGCGGAAAUAACGCCUUUUACGGUCACUAUCCGUGGCAGGUUGGUCUUCGUUACCUGAAACACAAGAACAGAGAAGUAAAGAGCACGCACUGGUGUGGGGGUACUAUACUGAACGAAUAUUGGAUCAUGUCCGUCGCACAUUGUGGGUGGGAUAGAAAUGGAAGAGAACUACAUGCGGAAAACAUCACUGUGCGAGUGGGAGAUCUAGUGAACACAUUCACAGACAGUGUGGAGAUAGAAUUUGAAGUUGACGCGUUCAUUAAACACCCAAACUACGAAGUCGUGAGUCACGAUUAUGACAUGGCAUUAAUAAAAAUCAAGCCCAAAUUUGGUAAAGGGAUAGUGUUCAACAAAUACGUCCAACCUGCAUGUCUACCAGCUGAGGAUAGUGUACCAGAUGAAGAUGAAUCCUGCCUGAUAUCUGGUUGGGGUCAAACAGGAGUCAAAUAUGCCACCCACCUCCAAGGCGCAGACGUGCCUCUCAUCAAUCAGACGCUGUGUAACAGUUUGUACGGGAACACGAUCACAGACAGGAUGAUGUGCGCAGGCUACCUGGAGGGAGGAACUGACAGUUGCAGCGGCGACUCUGGUGGCCCGCUCGUAUGUAAAGUUGAUGGUCGAUAUACGUUAUUUGGUGCGACAAGUUGGGGCUUUCUAUGUGCCCAGGAGAACUUUCCUGGGGUCUAUGCUAGGGUAACUGAAUUUCUGCCUUGGAUUAACAGCAUUUUAGUAAAUAUAUAGAAAAUAUUUACGAUGCGAGGAUACAUUAGUAUGAAGAUGCUGCACAAUGACUCCCGAGAACAAUUCGUUCAGUUCUGUUGUGCCUUCUCUUUUGCAAAAUUUUUGAAUUUCCUGGGUGGGAUUUAGCGUUGCUUCAUCACUCUUAAUGUCAUAAAAGUAAAAUAGCUUGACAAUUAGCAAAGAAUGGACAUUUGUAUUUUACAUGUACUUGAAUAAUGCAAAUAUAAAACAUUGUUUCUCGCAUAUGAACCUGUAUUUUUUCCUGGAUAUUGAAUUGGGCGAGUAUGCUUAGAGCAAUAAUGCAACGCACACAUUUACAAAGACCUUGAAAAUGAAAAGAUUAAUCUUUUGAAAAAGUUUCAUUUUACCAUGGGAACGAAUAAGGGGACUCAUUCUUAGAAGUGGUUUACUUUCAAAUAUUCCUGCAUGUGACCAGUUGGUGACGGAUUAUCUUCAAUAUGCCCUGUCUUAUAUUGUUCCUAACUGUAAUUAAUACUGUUAUACAAUUAUUUUCCAUUCACCAUUUAAACAUACUAGAAAAACAAUAGAAUAUUACGGUUUUCAAAUUUUAUUGAUCAAAUGAUAAUACCACUCUAUGAAUUACAUCAGAUCUGUAACAAAAACCAAACUUAGUAACAGUAAUAAAUUUGACCAUUUAGCACCAGAAUAACAUUUUCCUAUUUAGUCGUUACAUGUUAUUUAAAAAUGAUUUAAAAGGAAUUGCAAUUUGCGGGAGAACAAAUUAGGUAAACCGUAACUUUGAUUAAACCAAUAUAUUUGCACAAGCAAUAACAAUGGUAAAUUCUAUGCUGUGUAAAAUAUACAUAAUCCAUACUGGACUGAAACUGAUGAGCUAUUCAUGGUCAAUGUGGUGAGACUCUUCCUAAUCUUUACUUUUACAAGGAAUGGACGCAUUGAUCAA